AUGCUGGCUAACCUGAAGGUAUGGACUCACGACGCGAUGGAUAGAAAACUCGUGUCGGGGAUGUCGCUGUUCUGCCUGAUUGCAGCUUCCCUUCCGUAUGUGGUUUCAUGUGAAGUUGAUGUUUCGUGUCAUUGCCCGCGCAUUGGCUCGUUCAGGGUACAGGUUCAGGCCACUUCGCCAGUGUUGGCCCCUCUCAACAUGGGGAUCUCACGUGACUCCCGGCACAAGCACUACAAGACCGGAGGCCGCAGCAAUGUCUCCAUCAAGAAGCGCAAGUAUGAGAUGGGUCGGCCGGCGACGCCCUGCAAGCUGGGCAACAAGCGCGUGCGCGUGGUGCGCUGCCGCGGUGGCAACAAGAAGUACCGCGCCCUGAGGCUAGACACAGGAAACUAUGCGUGGGGCUCGGAGAAUGUGACGAAGAAGGUUAGGAUCUUGGAUGUGGUCUACAACGCGACCAGCAACGAGUUGGUGCGAACGAAGACUCUUCUGAAAAACACAGUCGUACAGAUCGAUGCCCACCCGUUCAUGCAGUGGUACCAGAAGAAGUAUGGCAUGGACCUCGGCAAGAAGAAGAAGGGUGGUGAGAAGAAGGAGGAGAAGAAGGAGGAGGCAGAGGAGCACAAAAGCCGACACGUUAUUGCCAAGCAGAAGGCUCGUGCUGCCAACCAGAAGCUUGACCUCAACCUGGAGGAGCAGUUCCAGAGUGGACGCCUUUUGGCGUGCAUCGCCUCCCGUCCAGGCCAGUGCGGCCGCGCGGACGGUUAUGUGCUCGAGGGCGAGGAGCUGAGCUUCUACAGGCGCAAGCUCGAGAAGAAGAAGAAGAACUGA